AUAAAGCCUCUUUAUUCUCAGCUUUCUGUUGCUAAGAAAAAAAGAUGAAGCAUUUCAUUGAUCGAUAUAUUCCGUCUAGAAACUUGUACACAACACAACAUGUCUCGUCAAUGAUAUUCCGUCUUUUUUUAUGUUAAAUUUCCUGUUCAAAGGGAUAUAUAAAUAAUAUACCAUUGUGAAAAUACUAUAUUGUUUGCACGAGAGGUAUGUGUCAUCCUAUUGUAUACGCGGAGACAUACUGUAAUUGUUAUGCGGAGACACACCGUAAUUUCUACGCGAAGACACGCUGCAAUUGUUCCCGGAGACAUUGCGUACAUAUAAUAUUAUAUAUUGUAUUAUGUAUGAUAUGUUUGAACCUUGAAUCGUGUUCCUCGUACUAAGGGAUGGCGACUUGGGUGAAAUAAAAUUUAAAUUAGUCGACCGUGUGAGGUCAAAGAUAAGAGAUUGCUUACAAAUCAUGAACUCCACUUGGAGUCAGUAUUACGACAUCGUUAAAAGAGUGUCAUCAUUAUCUGGCCAGUGGCCAUAUCAGAGAUCAAAAACGAGACUACUUUGCGUGUGCUUGGUAACUUUGAGCACGUUUUCUAUGAUUAUUCCGCAAAUAGCCAAAUUUACUAUAUGUGACGGCGACUUACGAUGUAUUUUUGAAACCAUGACAUCGUAUAUGUUGACAUCUGUAACAUUGGUGAAACUAUACACGUGUUAUUUUAAUCGAUGUAAAAUAAAAAUGCUAAUUGAUCGAUUAUUCGUCGAUUGGGAUGAAUUAGAAACACCGGAAGAGUACGAAAUUAUGAAGAGAUAUGCCGAGAAUAGCAGGCGAUAUUCUUUGGGAUAUUCCUUGUAUUGCUUUUCAUCUGUAUGCCUCUUCAUGUGUAUAUCCCUCAUACCGCAAUUAUUGGAUGUUGUACUGCCACUCAACGAAUCUCGUCCUAUAUUGUCGACAUACCCGGGAUAUUAUUUUGUCGACGAGAAAAAAUACUUUUUUUAUAUUUUUUCGCAUGCUAUUGUGGCCUGGGAAAUCGCUAUGGCAGGGAUAGUCACUCACGAUUGCAUGCUGCUGACUUACAUUGAACAUGUUUGCAGCAUUUUCGCUAUAGUUGGAUUUCGCUUUGAACAAUUAACAUAUAGACACACUGACUCUACGAGCAUUUUACAUCCUCAACUAACCGACACUUGUAAACGAAUCGCAUUUUCGGUACAGACACAUCGAAAAGCUUUAAAAUUCGCCGAGCUUAUCGAAGAUACGUUUUCCUUAACGCUAGCUAUACAAUUAGCGUUAAAUACCGUAAUGAUCAGCAUCACUCUGUUACAAAUCACGCAACAAAAGGGAGAUUUUUUAGAAGCAAUAAGAUAUAUUUUCUACGUUUUUGGUCAAUUGAUCCAUUUAUUCUGUCUCAGUUUCGAGGGACAGAAGCUGAUAGAUCAUAGUCUUCAAAUACGCGACAAAAUCUAUAAUAGUUUUUGGUAUAAAACAUCCGCAAAGUCACAAAAGAUGCUUUUGUUCGUGAUACGAAAGAGUUUUCAACCUAUGUUUCUGAGUGCCGGCAAGAUUUACAUUUUCUCAAUGGAAAGCUUCACUACGGUCGUGCAAACUUCAAUGUCAUACUUUACGAUACUCGCAUCAUUAGAAUAAUCAAGCAACAGUCAGAAUUUAAUUUAUCCAGAUAUUAAUCUUGCAUUCAAUUAUGAAAUCAUAAUUCUUACAUGACAAUAAGAUGAGAUUCUUAUUCGUAUAUAAGUUAAACUUCUCAUGUUAUAGUGUAAUUUGAUAAAUUGUACUU